GCUCUAUUACAAGCCGAUGCAAUUAUGUGGGGAGGACAACCUAAAACGUCCACCGUAGCAGCAGUGUAAUAUACUGCGCACGCGCAGUCCUUUUUGGCACCUUGAGGAUUGUUAUUCGCACCUGUGACGAGCCUCACGAACUUGCGCAUGCGCCUAGCAAUCUCUGCCAUUUCAGGGAAAAACCAUUCGUCAAACCCAAAGAAACAGCAGGAGGGGAUCAAAGUGCAGUUUCAGGGGUUUCUCUAAGCAAGUACAACAUUUCCUUACUUCAUAGAAAACGUUUCUAUACUCAAUGAAGCUUAACAGCUACAGAACUGUGAUUUGUACACAGUUGGGCCACAAUGAAUAAUUUCCAUAUCCUGCUUGGAAGCUUCUUCUUCAUUUCUGUCGUGCAGUUGGAAGAAGCACCGGUGAGACGGUGGAAUGGGAAAGGAACGACCCCUAACCUGCAAAGCAUCGUACUGGGCAGGUGUUACGAUUACAUUGAAACAGUGAAUCCUUUAGUGGGUAAGAAGAAUUGCUCUGAGAUAUGGGAGGCGUUUUUGAAGGCGUUUGUCGGCAAAGACCCCUGUACUUUGUUACCUGAACAUUAUGAGCUGUUCAUUAAUCUGACACUGCAUGACAUCCCCGCGAGUAAGGCUCUUUUCUGGGAGAAUAAUAAGCAGCUGGUACACAGAUACUCGGAUAAAACCAGUCGCUACAUGCCUCUGGGAGAUACACUCGCUGGUUGGAUUGCUGAUAAUUUAGACUGGUGCGGAGCACUCGGUAACCCAGGGUUAGAGUACAGCUCCUGUCCCACGACGGCAGAAUGUGAAAAUAACCCACAGGAGGCAUUCUGGAGGAUCGCAUCUGUCACUUAUGCCAAACAUAGCUCUGGAGAAAUAAAGAUUAUGCUGAAUGGGUCUACUCCGGGGGGAGCUUUUCCAGUACCAAGUUUUUUAGCAGACUACGAAAUACCAAAUUUUCAAAGAGGCCAAGUGUCCAAUAUCAGUAUCUUGGUGAUGGAUGAAAUGGAUGGACCUGACAUAGACAGUGGAAAAGUACUUUGGAUUUUGGCACAGAAUGAAGCCCAGAGUUUAAGUCACUCCCUUAUCUGGGGCUGCUCUGCUAACUUGUCCAAACAAGGAUCAGCGUUCAUAAACACCAAGCCAUAUCCACUCACCAAGUAUUUCUCUGACUCAGCAAAAGCCUCUUACUUCUAAUUCAGCUUGACGUCUAAUUAUUUCAGACACGGCUGGUUCAUUAAAGCUUGGCUAAACGAAUUAUGUGAGGCAGAACAUACCGUAAUAGAUGUUUUCAUUAUUUUUAUACUUAUUGACGUGGCAUCUGAACAUUACAAUACAGGUAUGGGAUCCGUU